GAGUGGACUGAAGAAGAAAGGGAGCAAUUGAUCGAGUUUUACAAGCAAAACGACCAGCUAUGGAAUCAUCACCUUACUUCAUAUAGGGACAGAAACUUGAGAGACUUAAAUUUCAAGAAGCUGUGUGAAAUUCUACCGAACAGAAGCCAGGAUGAUGUUAAAAAACAGUGGAGUUCGUUAAAAACCAUUUUCUACCGGGAAUUAAAAAGGGAAGAAGACACGAAGGUGAGUGGAGCGGGUACCGACACGGCAUACUUUUCCCAAUGGAGACAUUUCAAAGCAAUGAUGUUCAUAAAAGGGAGCGACGAUGUAGACCCUGCCGUUACUACCCUUGCAACUGCUGAUGAAAAAGAAAACGAGAGACCAGCCAAGAAAACAAAGGCAGAUAAAUCGAGAGAAAUGGACGAAAUAAAAUUGGAUUUUUUCAAGGAAGCCGUGAAAUGCCUUCAAAGUCCAGCAGCAGCAAGUCAGGAAAACAAUGAUUCAGUCAGCUUGUUUGUGAAGUCACUGGAGUCUCAGUUACGACGGUUUUCUGGUCGACAACUUGCUAUAGCAAAGAAAAGGAUUAACGAUGUCAUUUUUGAUUUGGAAAUGGAAUGCUACGUUCCUCAAGGUACACUUGCUCCUACAAGUACAUGUAGCUCGCUGUCUACAGGCCUCAAUGCUUUCAACCCACAAGCUCCAGUAACUAGUUUGAACUCUGACAAUUUUACCUGGUCUUUUCAGUAA